CAACACCUGCGGAGCGGACAGGGAUCAGGUGACAUGCAUACAGCAUGUCACGCUGGAACAUGCACCCUCCCAGAUGCCAUCCAAUCCCCAUCCAAAGGCUAAGAAUGAUCCAAGGCAAAAAGGGGAGGAAGUCAACACGAACCCAGGCGCGCAUGUUCCAGUUUCGCAGGAAGAAAUCGAGCGGGGAAAACGGAGGCUUCGCGCCAGGGUCCGAGGCCGCCGCCGCCGCUGCCGAUCCCCGCGGACGCCGAGCGCCCCGCCGCCGCCCGAGCGCCGCCGCUGCCGAUCCCGGCUCGGCCGAGUGCCCCGCUGCCGAUCCCGGCUCGGCCGAGCGCCCCGCUGCCGAUCCCGCCGCCGCCGAGCGCACCCGCCGUCGAGCACCGCUGCUGCCCGCCGCGGAGCUCCCCCACCACGGAGGAGACUCACCACCGCGCCGCCUCCGUGGAGGAGAGGCGGCACCGCGCCGCCAUUGAACCGGGCCAUCGCGGAGGAACUGUAUCAGCAAGUAGAUGAGAUGCUUAGAUCUGCACGGCUGAAGAAAAAAGAGGUUCCGUCAAAGAAUUUAAGGAGAAAGAAAACUUGGUUGGACAAAUUACUCAAGGGGAAGCACAGAGUAAGUAAAGGAUCAACAAAACAGGGAGAGAAGCCACAAAAGAAGAAGGAUGGUGUGCAAAAAAAGGAAAAUGAUGGUGUGCAGCCUCAAGUAGAAGUGGAGAAGUAUGACAACAACAAAGAAGUAAAUUUGGUGCUUCAAGAGUGCAAUAAUAUUACAAGCUUCACCCAACUCUUGACGGCUAACCUUGAUAAUCUGUUCUAGCAUGAAACUUGUUACAUAAUAUUUUGUACAUGGUGCUGAUGAUGAACAUUAUCUGAUCUAGCAUGGAACUUAUUAGAUAGUAUUUUGGACAUAGUUAACUAUAGUAGUAUGGGGUUAACUAUAUUUUGUGGCCUAAGUGUACACGUGAAGUGGCCGAUUCGUGGAGAAUUUGAAAUGGCCGUUUUGUGGCCUAAUCUGUUCUGGUAUGGGAUUAACUAUAUUAUUUUGUGGCCUAAGUGUACAAGCAAGUGGUACUGAAUUUGUAUUGUUAAAUUACUGCUAUUUUACUAUUUAGAAAUGUCUCAAAAUUAA